CGGGGGCUGCAGUCCUUUGCCCAGUGCUUCCGCCGUCUGCUGUCAGGCUUCUGCCGCGGCGACCGCGCGCCCCGAACGAGGCCGCGGCGCGCCCCCGGGCUGCCCCGGCCCCACCAGCGGGGCCGUAGAACAACCAUGGAGCCGGCCCAACUGAGCCAACUGCGCCAGCGCGCCGCCCUCGCCACGGCCCUCUUUUCGCUCCUCGUCUACCUCGUCUGCCUCUGGUGGUGGGAGACGAAGUCCUGGGAGCGCUUCGUCGUCCUCCAGGAGACGCCCAAGUGGAUUACCUACGGCACGGCCUGGGAGGCGCAGUGGGCCAUCGCGGCCUGCGCCCUGGCGCUCUGCGCCGCGGCCUGCGCUUUUUGCGAGGGGUUUGAGUUUCCCGCAUCGAUCACGAAGACGCUCGACAAAUGGAAGGAGAUCGAGCCCGUGCUGCCCGGGAAGUUAAGGCGGUUGCGGCUCGGCGGCGGCCACCGCCUCGGCACGCUGGCCAUGGCGUUGAUCCUGUGCCGCAUCAUCUCCCUCCACAUCGUCAUGUACCGCGGCUCGCGGCCGAACCACCCGGCGAGCUGGGGCAAGAUGGUCGGGACCCUUGAUUUAACUAAUGAUGGUAAAAAAGACACGCGCGCGGACCAUAUUAGAGCUUUGAAGUCGCACGCCUUCCAACUGGGCUGGGACUGCCUGGUGCCCAUGUCGCUAUUGGGCAUCCCGACGGCGCAGUUCUCGCCACCGUUACGAGCGGUCGGGCUCAGCCACGAGGCGGCGAUCGCCUUCCACCGCGUUUUAGGAAGAGCCACGCUGAUCCUGGUGAGCGGCCACUUCGGGUUUUAUGGAUUAGCCUGGGCCAUGGACGGCGGCGCCAAGCUCUUCUGGGACGAGACGCUGCAGGUCUGCCACCACGGGCCGCGCGUCACGAAAUUACCAAUAGGAAGGGCCUUCCGGCCAGGGUGCAUGGGCAUCUCGAACUUCUUCGGGUUCCUGGCCUGGGGCUUCGGGAUUUUGCUGGGCAUCGGCAGCUUCUACAUGGUGCGGCGCCGGAGCUACGCGCUGUUCAUGGCGACGCACCAAUUGCAUUGGCUCUGGUGGUUCUUCGCGUGUUUGCACUGGCCCGGGGCCCUGGCAUUCGUGGCGCCGGCCUUGAUCUUCUUCGUGGCCGACUGCGCGCGACGUUUAGUGUCGGAGAGAACCGUAAGAUGUGCCGUCGUCCGGCACGGCCCGAAGAUUACGACCGUACUCGUCCCGUGCCCCGGCUACACGGUCAGGCAGUUGACGGGCGGCGUCUUUCGGUUGCGGUGCUUCCGGAUCAGCCUCAUGUGGCACCCGUUCAGCAUCGCCGGCGCGGUGGAGACGCCGGACGGGCCCGUGGCGCUGAUCCACGUCUUCGACGCGAGGGACGGCAAGGAGGGCACGUGGACCAAUGCCCUCUGCCGGCUGGCGGCGUCGGCGCCGUUCAUCGAACUGGAAUGCCGCGGGCCGAUCAUCGCUCCCAUCAGUUUACAACAAAAGGCCCGGGAGGCGGCGCGCGGCCGGCCGUUGCUGAUCGUCGCGGCGGGGUCGGGCCUCGCGCCGGCCGUGGCCUUCCUGCGAUUGGUACGGCUCUCCAACCCGGUGCCGAACCAGCAGAUCCGGUUCGUCGCCAUCGUCCGGUCGGCCCAGCAAAUAGAGGUGCUCGACGCCUUCUGCCUGCCGACGGCCGGCGCCGCCACCCAGGAGCCGUGGCUCCAGACCGAAAUCCACGUCACGCGGCGCAAGGCGGCGCCCACCCUGGAGGGAUCCCCGUCGAUACCUCGGCACGGCCGCGUCGUCAUACGAGCCGACACUAACGCAAAUCUGGUGGCCGUGCCGACGCCCUGGCCCACGAACAUCCUCCACGACACGAAGAACCCGCUCACCGGCGCCGGCGACGAGGAGGAGGCCAAGGAGGCGCCGCGGGUCUCCGACCCGGCGCCGCCAGGCCCAGCUUCUACAGAAGACGCCGUCUCCGUGCUGGCCGCGGCCUUCUGCUUCGUUUUUUUCAGCUACGUCGUGCUGGCGCGCGAGGACGCGCCCUUCGCCCGCGAGAGCGCCUACUUUUUUGAUGAGUCGAAGACGGGAAAUCCCAACACGAUCUCCGGCGGCCUGUCGCUCAUCGUGUGCACGGUCGCGGCCUUCGCGGGCGCCUACGGCUCUUUAUUAAUUUGCGGCUGGGUCCGGCGGCGGCGGAGCGUCGAGGACGAGGCCGUCUCCCCGAAGGACGUCGAGCUGCGCGUACCAUCAUCGCCGCGGGGCGCCGAGGUCGUUUUGGCGACGGCGGGCGCGCGGCCAGAUCUCGGCGAGGUCGUGCGGCGCGCGGACGCGCAGCUCGGGCUGCGCGCCGAGGUCCUGGCGGGCGGGCCGGACGUGCUCCUCGAGGGCCUCGAGGACCGGCUCGGCGGACGGGCCGUCGAGCGGAUGACGUGGUCCAUGUAAAAGUAUCGUAAUUCG